UGUCAUUUUAGUUCGUGUUUAUUUAUUUUAGAUUUAGUUCGGCAAACCGGCAAGCGAAAAAAAUAGCUGAUCAAGUUUCUUCUUCAAAAGACACAUGCGGUAAAAUCUACUUAGAGCAUAAUGACGCCUUUGUUAAAUAUAAGUAAGUCCUUAUUUAUCUUCAUCGCACUUACUUUUGCUUCUCAAUGGGCAUACCUACAUUACUUUAAGAAGAAGGAAAAGAAAAUAGCGCCAAAAGAGGUACACGAAGUUUUGAUGUUUUCUCAUGGACUCGGGGAGCUACAAAGGAGUAAAUAUUCAAGAUGCGUCGUUACGCAGAGUAUGGACCGACUAUUAUAUUUCGUAAACUCCCCACGAUACACAUUGGAUAUAUGCAUGUACGUUUUGACUAAUCUGGAUUUGGCCCAGACAGUAUUGAAGCAGCAUUUUAAAGGAGUAAAAGUACGUGUAAUAGUCGACGCUGACAUGGCGUAUGCUUCUGGUUCUCACAUAAGGAAACUGGAGAAACAAGGUAUCCCUGUUAGGUGGAUGAAAUCAACAAAUCUUAUGCAUCAUAAGUUUUCGUUAGUAGAUGCGUCGAGUGAAAACCCCGCUGCGUUGCCAGUGGUGAUAUUGGGGUCUCUCAACUGGACCAAUCAAGCUUUGAGUGGCAACUGGGAAGAUGUGGCAGUUACUUCACAAAAGGAACUUGUUGAUAAGUACAGGCUGGAGUUUGAAAGACUUUGGGUUCUAUUUAAACCAAUAGUAGAAAAUUAUGAAUCUCAUAACUAGGUUCUAUGUGCAAAGCAAUAUCUUCAUCAUCCCAAUUUUAAACGAUGUCUAGAGAAAACUGCAACUUUGCAGCAAUCCAUUGUUAUACUUUGUUGUUUCUGGAUGAUAAUGUGAAACUUAAAAAAUGUAUACCAGUAUUACAUUUUAUUGUAUUCACUUCUUUGACAUUGAUCAUACAUACAGUAUAUCAAGUUAUGAGGAAUCAAACUCUCGUUUUUGCACCACGAAACCUAUGCACCCUCUCUAUUAAAUAAAAUAUUCUUAUUCUGCCACCCCUCUUAACCUCUCGCAUGCUGCGAUUAUUUUUUCAUAUGGUUUCCUUGUAUGCUGAUUCGCGUUCCGGCAUACAAGAAGUUAAUCCUCAAAUCUUGCUGUCUGACUAUAGGUUCAUUCUGUUAGUUUAUUAAGUAUUACAAGUACUAGAAGUACUGAAAUAGUUUUAAGUAAAUACUAAGUCUAUGUUCAAUGGGCAUUAAAUGUGUAAGAAGUGAUAAUUAUUUUCUAUAAGAUGAUCAAUGAAAUUCAACUAAGAUACUAUAUUAAUACUAAGUUAUAAAAUACUUUUGUACUGAUUAUUUUCCUAUAGGGUCUGUUGUGAUUGAAUUGUUGUAUUUAUGUAAGUUAAACUGUCAACUUAAUAUAGUACAUAUUUUAUGAUUGAUAUGCAUUCUUGCAUUAAAUUUGUCACCUGACCUUGCUUAUAUGAAAAUAGGGCAAAGGGCAUCUUUACAUCAACAUUCUGUUAUGUAAACAUAUGCUUAUCAUGAUUAAG